AUGGAUCUCAAGCAUAAACAUUCUGUGAAACUGAAUUAUGGACAUUACAUGCCAAUCCUUGGAUUUGGCACUUAUGCUCCUAAAGUUGUUCCUACAAGUCAAGCCGAGGAGGCAACCAAAUUAGCUAUUGAUGCUGGAUUUCGUCAUAUUGAUUCUGCUUAUACAUGCAAUAAUGAAGAGGAAAUUGGAAGAGCCAUUCGAAGCAAGAUUGCUGAUGGCACAGUGAAGAGAGAAGAUAUAUUCUACACUUCAAAGCUUUGGAUGACUUUCCUUCAACCAGAGUUGGUUCAGUCAGGCUUGGAAAAGUCACUGAAAAAACUUCAACUGGAUUAUGUUGAUCUCUACCUUAUUCAUUGGCCAAUUGCACUGAAGGUGGAAUGUCACCCUUAUCUUAAUCAGAGCAAACUACUGGAAUUCUGCAAGUUGAAAGAUAUAGUGCUGGUUGCCUACAGUGCCCUGGGAUCUCAACGAAUCGUGGGAAUUGUGGACCAGAACUCCCCUGUUCUCUUGGAUGACCCAGUUCUCUGUGCCUUGGCCAAAAAGUACAAACGAACCCCAGCGCUGAUUGCGCUUCGCUACCAGAUACAGCGUGGAGUUGUGGUUCUGGCCAAGAGUUACAAUGAGAAGAGGAUCAAAGAGAACAUGCAGGCCCUUGAGUUCCAACUGACUUCAGAAGACAUGAAAACAAUAGAUGACCUAAACAGAAAUUUGCGAUAUACAACUCUUGACAUCUUUUCUGACAACCCUAAUUAUCCAUUUUCUGAAGAGUAUUAA